AUGUCAAAAAGCGUUCCAAAGAGUGGUGACAGAUCUGGCACCUGCCAACCAUCAGACGGUACGAGAAAGCGAAAACGGGACACAAUUCCAUCCGGCCCUUACCACGCGGAUCGUUCCACGGCUGGCAAAAGGAUAUGCAUUCCCACGGCAAUGGAAUCGGCAACGAGCACCACCGUUAGCUCCACCACACCCGACUCAUCAUCACCCUCGACCGGACGCGGUGCAGUUACGGACUUUAUGCUGCAAGCUCUUGGCUGCAUUCGUGAGCUACAGGAUGAGUUGGAUUUUUUGCAAAACGACCCGUACGCCGAGGAUACGGACGAUGAAGAUGAACAGCCAGUUGACGGGAGACAACCGGUGCAGCCGAGCGUGAUCGGUGGCCGACAGGCGGAAGCAAUGGGAUGGGCCGUUUGUGCCCGGGAAACGAUGCAUUUUCUGCAACGCGAAGGUAUACCACCGGACAGUCCGUUGAUGGUGAAUCUACGUCGACGGCUCGUUGGACGGCGGGUGGAUGAACCGGACGAAGGACUCUCUCGCUGA